CGGGGUGGCAACGUGCCGGCUAUUUCAGCCCGCUGCACGUGCUUCGACCGACCCGCGGUGGCGGCGCCCUUCAGAGAACGAGCGAGGACGACAAUGCUAACCGACCAUGCGCCGCGUUUGGAGGAUCGUUGACGACAGCAGGGGUGCGAUCGCGCAAACAGCUCGCUUUUCCGUUCGUUCGGUCUGGCUGCGACGUCACAAAGUAGGCCGUCCGCAAGAUUUGUGAGAACGGGAGGGAGAGCACAGCCAAUAAACGAGCGAGCCCAGCCCCGGAAGUUUGCGUCACCAGUUUGAGCUUCGAUCGGGGACGAUACAUUAAGUGCAGAAUGUUUGCGAUGCUUUAAUAAUUAAACACGUAAUAUAAGAAAAAGAUUCUUACUGUUGCAACAUAUAAUCUGCCUCGGAAAUCUCAUGCGAGAGCAGAAAACUAAUUUAAGCGGCAUAUAUUUUGGUUUAGUCCGCUAGGUGGUAUCGCACACGUCAAAACAAAUUGGCGGGAGCGCGCAGUUCAAUUGCAAAAUCGCUGUUCGUCAGUUGCCAAAAUGUCGUCGCACAAGAACGUCAAGCUUGGCCCUCACGUGUCGCCACACCAACGUGAACUGUUGGUGGCGUUUAUGGAGGGCCAUCCCUAUCUUGUGCGGGCAUCGUGUGCACUCACACCGGAGUGCACGGUGGAGCGGAGGCGGCAGCUUUGGAGUGAGCUCGCCGCCCUGCUGAACACUGAGGGCCCGGCCGCCAAGACAGCCGAACAGUGGCAGGUCUUUUGGCGGAAAGAAGUAUUUCUUUCCCGCCGAGAUGCCGCCACAGCUUCCGCAAGUCAAAGCGGCACGGGUGGUGGCCGUCUGCCCGGCCUUCGUGGCCGUAUCAUCGCCCUAGUGGGCACCUCCACGGUGACCGGAGUGUGCGAGGCUUUUUACCAACCACUCGACGAGCCCGCCAUGGAGGUGACCGUGGAAUCUGUGGGCACCACCGCAGGAACCAGUGGCCUUUCACGUGAAGGAGCACUGCAGCAGCCAGGAGUGGGCCCUGUUGAGCCACUGCCCCGAAGCCCUCCAGCCACUGCACAGCCUGCAGCUGGCCCUGGCGGAGUGAGAACCAGCUACCAACCCCGGGUGCAGCGCCGGUCGCGAGGCCCUCGUCGGGCGUCCCACCGGGACGCCUUGGUCGAACGGCUCGCGGAUGACUCGCGGCUCGCGGAGCACAACGUGAAACGGCGAGCAUUCUCGACAAAUGCACUCGGAUCAAUCAAAAUUAAAACAGCACUAUUUAUAUUUAUCACAGCGCAGGCGCAGCAUUUAAUUUCACUGUGAUCACAGUUGUUUUCAAUAAUUAACAUCGCUAACGUUCGGCGAUGGCGGAUCGCGUUUUAAUCUCGAAAAACUCGACCCCCGCCAGGGCCAGCCAUGUUCGGCGAGCGACGACAUUAUGAGCAGACGACAGGCGCAUCGUCUGCUACUAGCGCUGCUAUGGCAACGGCCAUUCAUUCUUCGAAGCGAAUGCCCUUGUCGACCGUUCCACGAAAGCGGCCGUUUCCCCUCGCUUUUGGAAUGAUUGACAGGAGUGUGACGUAAACGCAUUUUGUGGUCCCGCCCCGGCGCAAUGGCCGCCGUGACGAAACGCGCGGGCGCCAACGAAUCACGAGAGGGCAAGCGAGAGAACGGAAAAGCGAGC